AUGGUCGUUCAAGAAAAUCAGAAGGAAAAUAAAGACCAACAUGCAAUCAUGAAGGCUGCCGCAUGGGCUUGGUACGAACGCGGAUCAUGGUUCGAGCAUAAAUCAGUACAAGAGAGCGACUAUAGAAGAAAACGUGAUUACACGCCUAGACCUUCUAGGUACAAGCUUGAAGCUAUUCAAAAACCACAAAAGGAGACUCGUGAGUCACAAUCAUGUGGUGAUGGUCCGUCGUUAGAUACUGAGCAUGUUUCUGCAAGUAAACAACCCCAGAACCAACAGUGUUAUGUUCCGGUAGAUACUGAGCAUGUUGAUAAAUCUCUUUUGGAUAAGUACGAAAUAGAGAGGAUUUCAAAGGAGCUUGAUUGUUAUCUUGAGUCUAGUAGCGUUGAGCAUCGUCGCAGGUCAGUAGAUGGUGGUGAUCAUGGUGGCCGCCACCGAAGAACUGUGGCUUUGUCGGAAGGUACGAAAAGUAAGAGUAAGAGCAAGAAGAAUAAAGGGUUUUGGGCACGACGUCGAAUUGUUUGUGGGUCCAGUAGAGAUGAUGUUGUUGAGACGUCGAAUUUACUGAUAGGAGGGAGACGUCGGCCAAAAGAAAAUGCUCGAUAG